GGUUCAUGGGUCUCCCCCUCCCACCUCACUCUCCUCUCCGCUGAACUCCCCUCACAACCCCACAUCCAACCCCACCCCCGCGUUCGUACCUCUGUCAAGAUGAUGUCCGUCAUGCCAUCCCCCGCUGUCCACAUCCCCAUGCACCUGGACGCACAACGUCCUAUCAAGGACGUUGAGUUCAACGAGCUGGGCAACUUGGACGAGGCAGUGGAACCCUUUGCUCAACUGAUACGAAAAUCGGCGCGUUCUGUGAGACUUUACUGCACAAUUCCGACCGGCUGCCCGUCGUCGGCUUCAUGUGCCGACCUCCACGACCUCCACGACUUGCGCUCGCGCUCGCUGUUGUUUGUGCACAACCUCGUCGAGUCGCUCCGAGCGUCCGGGAUCCCUGCUUCCUACCGUCUUCAGCCUGCUAGCUGCCAAAUGUGUCUCGUCUGCGCGCUUCCCUCCGGCCUCGACGCGUCCAAAGUCAGGGCCGCGGCCUUUGCUGCCGUGCAGCACGCGAACCUCGACAUCAAAGAGAAGGCCUUGCUUGCCGAUCUUGAAGAUGGCUACGCUCUCGUCAUUACAUGAUCUCGCUCUCGUCACUCUCCUCGUCCUCAACCACGCUAUAGCCCUUGCAUCAUCAUUUUUGUUUAUCUCGCGUCAACUUGUAUCUAUUACACGGAUCACUCUGGAUUAUCUGGCAAAUACUCAUGGAUUUCCUUCUUUCACUUCA